GUUGUCACAACUCUCUUCACAUCUCCCUCCCCACAAAACAAUGGCCCAAAGUCUUCACAAGCAAAAGUAUACCAUUCUCACCCUUUUCCUAUUCUUAUUUCUCCUACAUGGAGAAUCCCAAAAAUUUUCAAGAAACUUGUCAUCAAAAACACUUGGUUUCAAGAAACAAAAACUAAGCCACCUCCACUUUUACUUCCAUGACAUAGUAAGUGGUGAUCAAGCCACCGCAUUCAGGGUAGCCCAGUCCGCCAUAACCAACACCUCCUCCACCGGGUUUGGUUUCAUGGCAAUGAUGGACAACCCUUUGACAGUGAGUCCAGAACGAACAUCCAAGAUGGUGGGAAGAGCUCAGGGGUUCUAUGCAUCUGCUGACUUGAGAGAAAGCGCCUUGUUAAUGGUUAUGAAUUAUGUUUUUUCGGAAGGAAAGUAUAAUGGUAGCACUUUGAGUAUAUUAGGGAGGAAUGAGGUGUUCACAACUGUGAGAGAGAUGCCGAUUGUUGGAGGCAGUGGAAUUUUCCGAUUUGCAUGUGGGUAUGUUCUUGCAAAGACUCAAUUUUUCAAUAUCACUAAUGGUGAUACGGUUGUUGAGUAUGAUGUUUAUGUCCAACACUAUUGAUCAUCUAUGUUAUUGUCGAGUGCACUAAAAGGAUUCCCGAAAUUAACUUCUAUUUAUUACUUAUAUGAUUGUAUUUUACGUUUACACUUUGCAAUUAAGAGAGACUAAGCUUCUUGCUAUAUAUUCAUAUUGUAUGUACGUAUUUUUUUGAUAACUUAAUGAAGUAAAACUUAAGAAUUAACAUGAUUUAUAAAAAGUAAAAACAAAUGUAAAUAGUUUCUGUUAUAUAAUGUAUUAUUUAUUAAGCUAUCAAGAAUUGAGAUUUAUCAAGU